ACCCGGUAUAUAAAUUAAUAAAAGCAAGCCCUAGCUGGUCAUUAGAACGAAGGUGCAACGUAAACAUCUACCGGAAAAAUAAGAGGUGCAGCGUAAACUGACCGGUAAAAUCGUCAUGAAUGAUUUGCCCGGGUUUCGUUUCUUCCCGACUGAAGAAGAACUGGUGUUAUUCUACCUGCACAACAAGCUCAACAGGAGAAGCAGGCCAGACCUCGAAAGCCUGAUCGACAGGGUCGUACCCUUACUGGACAUAUAUGAGUUCAACCCCUGGGAACUUCCACAGUUCGCAGGGGAGCCGUGCCAGGGGGAUCCCGAGCAGUGGUUCUUCUUCAUCCCGAGGCAGGAGAGCGAAGCCCGAGGGGGUAGACCGAAGCGGCUCACGGCUUCUGGGUACUGGAAAGCCACCGGAUCUCCUGGCUUGGUCUAUUCUUCGGGGAAUCGCAUCAUAGGAGUGAAGAGGACCAUGGUGUUCUACAGUGGAAGGGCUCCAGCUGGUAGGAAGACCGAGUGGAAGAUGAACGAGUAUAAAGCAAUUGAAGGAGAAGCCUCCUCAUCGAGUGGUGCAAUCCCGAAGUUGAGACAAGAGUACAGUUUGUGCCGGGUCUACAAGCAAUCGAAAUGUGUUAGGGCAUUCGAUAGGCGGCCAUUAUUGGCAGUCGGCUCCACGGCUCAACAGCAGGAGCAACUUCAUGGCAGUGUCGAAGCAGUGGCGUCAUCCAGUUCCCAAAACUCUCCAGGACAAGAGAGAAUUUCCGGUUCACCCGGAAAUGCUUCCUCCUGUGACGAUGGGGAUCCACCUGUGCCAUCUGGAGGCACUGUUGAUGGUGCCGAUGAUCUUAUGAACAUGGAAUGGCUGGAUCAAGAUCAACUGACGAUCAACUGGUUCCACGGGAUACAGUAGUGACGACGCAACAUUCUCCCGUUGUCCUAUGACCAAAUACAGUUCUAACUGGUUCUCGAUCUCUUCAUUUUCUUUUAUCCUUAUCCAUUGUACUAAGCCUAUAGGCUCGCUUAUAGAGAAAUAAGUUCAUAAUGUAGUUGUUGUUUCUAUGUACUUUUCCCAAAAGAAGAUACAAUUUUAUGUACGACGAAGGCAUUCUUCAUGAUUCGAUCUUCUGAGGUAUCACAGUACGUAAAUUAA